AUGAAGGUCUACACCUCGCAGCCGAUCUCAAUACCCCGAGACCAGAACCUUACAGAGCUUCUCCACACGACGGCGUGGAGCCUCCCCGAGUCGCAUCUCAUAGCCAAGGACAGUCUCACAAACCGGAGCAUCACUCUCGGCGAGCUACGAGACCGGGCCGGGCGGAUAGCCAAAGGACUGAAAGAUGCCCUGAGGCCAGUCGACCAGGCAAGAUGGGCGAUCGUCCUGCCCAACAGCGUCGAGUUCUUGGAGGUCUUCCACUCCAUCCUCUGGACCGGCGGCGUUGUGUGCCCCAUCAACUAUGCCCUGAAAGCCUCCGAGAUAGGCCACGGGCUCGCCGUAUCGCGGCCCCAUUUCAUCGUGUCGUACGGCCCCACCGUCCCAGCAAUCACUGAGGCAAUCGAGGUCGCCUACGAGAGCCUCCGCGCCCAGGGAGUCGCCUGGCGCCGGCCCGAGGUCGUGACCAUCAUCUCCCGCGCCCCGGGCCAUAAGCACAAGCACAUCCCUGACGACUUCCUCGCGCCGCGCCGGCUCCCGGUCCCGCACUAUGCCGACGCGACGGUGCGCCUGGCGACGAUCCACCUGUCCUCGGGCACGACGGGCCACCCCAAGGGAGUUGAGCUGACGCACCACAAUUUCGUGGCCAACGUGCUGCAGCUGGUCGCGCACGACGCGGCGCAGUUCCACCGAGGCAGCCGGACGGUGGCGUUCACGCCGUGGGCGCACAUCGGCAUGACGACGAUGCCGCUGUUCCUGGGGCCCUACACGGGCAUGAUGCACCACGCCAUGCCGUCGUACAACCUCGAGACCUUCGCCGAGCUCGUCGGCAGCAACCAGGCGACCUCGUUCCAGGGCGUGCCGAGCGUCGUGCUCGCCAUGACCAACAGCGACAUCACGGAGCGGCACGACUUCAGCCGCGCGCAGGUCCUCAACGUCGGCGGCGCGCCCCUCAAGGCGGACCUCGUCGCGCGCGUCCUGGCCAGGGCGCCGUGGCAGUUCAACCAGGUCUACGGCAUGACCGAGGCCGCCGGGUACGUGGCGUACCAGAAGCUGGGCGAGCAGCUGCCGGACGGCGUGGUCGGGAGGAUGCUGCCGGGCAUCGAGGCCGUGCUGAAGAAGGAAGGAAGCACGGCCGACGUCGCCGAGGGCGAGGCCGGCGAGCUGUGGCUGCGCGGGCCGAACAUCACGAGGGGGUACGCCUUCAACGAGGAGGCCAACCGCGCGGCGUUUCCCAUGGAGGGCUGGUAUAAUACGGGGGACGUGUGCAAGAUAGACGCCGAGGGGUUACUGAGCAUCGUGGGCAGGACAAAGGAGCUGAUCAAGUACAAGGGCUUCCAGGUCUCGCCUGCCGAGCUCGAGGGCUACCUCAACUCUCACCCUCACGUAGUCGAGGGCGGAGUGGGCGCCGUGUGGGAUGAGAGCCAGCUUACCGAACUGCCGGCGGCGUGGGUCAUCCUGAAGGACCACCUGAAGACGGAGAGGGAGAGGAGACAGGCCCUGAAGGAGAUACAGCAGAACGUCGACAGCCAGGUCAGCGGCUACAAGAAGCUUCGGGGAGGCGUCUGGCAGGUGCCCGCGAUUCCAAAGAAUCCGACUGGCAAGAUAUUGAGGAAGAAGAUGGUCGAGAUGAGAGAUGGCCUCUGCUCCCUUGAAGCUGCUGUCUUGGCCCGGCUGUAG